UCGGUUCGUUGUAACCGCCUUGUUCAAUGGCCGAACCUGAUGGCUGACGCCUAACCCUGCCUCCUCUCUCCGCCCCCCGCCGCCGCCGCCGCCGCUUUCUUCCAAUCCUCCGCUCUCCUCGUUCGCCCCCGCGGCGGCCGCGCCCAAGCGCCGACGGAAGGACCAAUACGCUACGCUGAGCGUCUGCCGCGACGCCACCCUCCCGCGCAACGCAAGGAUUCGGGGGACCCGCAGAGCCUUUUGCAUCUCGGCAUUGCCAUAAUACCCGACUCCUAAUAAUCAGGCGAGGCGCGGACGGCGACUCUGGGUUACCCGCCGGCCGCCUGAUCUACUCUGUCAACGGCCACACUCACCUCCGCGGCUCCGUCCUGGUACAGCUCGCUACCCGUGCGGUCGUCUCUCAGGUCGCUGCCCCAUUACAGCCGGUGGCUAGGGGAGUACCGCGGAUAUGUCGGUCUUAAUCGUCACCAGCGUGGGCGAUCUCGUGGUGGAUCUCCACACCGAUCAGUGCCCCCGCACCACCUACAACUUCCUCAAGCUCUGCAAGAUGAGGUACUACAACGGGUGCCUGUUCCACAAGGUGGCCAAGGAUUUCGUGGCGCAGACCGGGGACCCGACCGGGACCGGCACCGGCGGCGAUUCCAUGUACAAGUUCCUCCACGGUGACCAGGCUCGGUUUUUCGACGACGAGAUCCAUCCGGAACUGAGGCACUCAAAGAUUGGCACCGUUGCCAUGGCGAGCGCCGGCAAAAACCGCAACGCCUCGCAGUUCUACAUCACGCUGCGGGACGACGUGGAAUACCUCCAUGAUAAGCACACCGUGUUUGGGAUAGUUGCUGAAGGUGAAGGCCUUGACACACUGACGAAGAUAAACGAAUCAUAUGUUGAUGGUGAAGGGAGACCUUUCAAGGACAUAAGGAUUAAACAUACUUAUGUGUUGUAUGACCCUGACGAUGAUCCUGCCCAGCUUGCUGAACUUGUUCCUCCAAAUUCUCCCAUUGGAAAGCCGAUCGACGAGAUUGCAGAGGAGCGCUUAGAGGAUACCUGGGUCCCUCUCGAUGAAACAGUGGACCCUGUGCAGCUUGAGGAGAUGAUCCGCUCUAAAGAAGCACAUACAAAUGCCGUGAUCCUUGCGAGUAUUGGAGACAUUCCAGACGCCAAGGUCAAGCCACCAGACAAUGUCUUGUUUGUUUGUCAACUCAACCCAGUGACACAGGAUGAGGAUCUGUAUACGAUCUUUUCUCGAACCGUGACAUCAGCUGAAACAAUCUGUGACUACAAGACUGGUGACAGCCUGUGUUAUGCUUUCAUUGAGUUCGAGGCAAAGGAAGCCUGCGAGCGUGCACACAGAGAUAUGCAAAAUUGUCUGAUUGAUGCUCGGAGGAUUCAUGUUGAUUUUAGUCAGAGCGUUUCAAAGCUGUGGCGUCAGUUCAGACAGGGCACGCGGAAUGCAAAUAAAGAUGGGUGCUUCAAGCGUCAUGCCCCUGAUUACCGAGCCCGAGAUCUGGAUAAGGGUGCUGAGAAGAAAAACAAGAACCGAGAUUAUGUUCUGAGAGAUGAAAACACUCAGCGAGGUGGCAGUAACCGUCGAAGUUAUGAUUUAGUCUUUGAUGAGGACGGUGCUAGUGCUGAUAAUAGGCAAGAUUGUCGAAAUGCUGAUAGAAGAAAGAUCCAGAAAUUGGAUGAUUGGAGGUCAGAGGCAUCACACAAGCGUGAUCGUGAUAGGACCAACAGGGAUAGGAACAACAGGGAGAAACUCCAUAUUAGUGAGGAAGGGGGUCGGAGGCACGAUGGCCACAUCAGUUACCAUGGAUCUAGUGAUCGAAGCUAUAGUAGACGCAACAAUAGUGACUAUGGCAAGCACCAGAGCAAGAGCAGGCGUAGGGAUGAUUAAAUAUGAACGAAGAAGAUCAGGAGCUUUUUUUGUUCUUGUUGUGCAUGAACAAGAUCAGAAGUUGAUCGUUAGGACAUGGAUAAUGUAAGAAGAUGACCAUAGAAGAUAUAUUGGGCGAUCUCCACAGGAGAAGCAGCAGAGUCGAUACUGUGAGAGGCAGAGAAGUGGAGACUGUGGACACCGUGAGACGCAGAUGCACGGGGCUGUAUCCCCGUCAGUUUUCCUUAUCUGAUUUCUGGUGUACAUUGAGUUUGUGGUGUCGCCUGUGAUCCAAAAAAUUGACACAUAUAGGAGUAGCUUAUAAUCGUUUGGUGAUCUGACCAUGGCUGAAUAUUUUGUUUUGAAGACUCGUAUCAGCCUUUGUUCAGUGCCUGCCUU